AUGGAAUCGCGGUGCCAGGGUCCGUUGUGGGUUUUCUCUCUCCUGUCCGGGAAGUUCUUCGUCCCCUGCUCCUCCCACGAGGACGUGAAGAAGAACGAGAAGAACGUCUUCUGCUUAGACUGCUGUGCUCCCAUAUGCCUCCACUGCCGCCGCCAUCUCCAUCGCGCCCACCGCUUGCUUCAGGUCUGCACUUGUUGCAAGCCUCCGUCGUACGGCGAGGAAGUGGGUUCUUCUUCUCUUCUUCCCCUACGUAUGGAAUAACCGAGUCUGUUCUUCGCGUGAGAAUGCCCCCAGGUUCGUAGAUACGUCUAUCAGGAAGUCGUCCAAGUGGAGGAUUGUGAGGAAUUGUUCGACUGCAGCUCCAUUCAGGUGAUGAUAUUCUGGAUAGUUAAUCAUCUCCGUUAAUCUCUUUCAGCCAAGUUUUUCUUCGCGUAGAUUUCUUCUUUUAUGUGACGAUGCUUCUUCCUCGAUUCGAAUGAAUUCAGGAGUUCGAGAAGAUAACUCCUCUGAUUUCUUCGGUCUUGCGACUAUCUGUGCAGUCGUAUAUAACAAAUAAAGCGAAGGUGGUGUUCCUGAACCAGAGGCCCCAGUCCCGGCCUCUCAAGAGCUCCGGGAGCUGGUGCAUCUCUUGCCAGAGAAAUCUCCAGCGCCCAUACCACUUCUGUUCUCUGGGCUGCAAGGUAUUUCAGUCUCCUCUCUCCACCACUCCGGGCGGAAUGGUUCUUUCCGGAAGCCACUCUUUUGAAUCUUUCCUUCAAAAUUCAGGUGGAGUACUUGGUGCGGUACGAGGGCCACUCGGGGCUGCCUGGUCCCGCGGUGGAAGGCGAGCAGAUGACGCCCAGCGGGGUGCUCGGAGGCGGCGCCUGCCUCCGCGCGUCCUCGGGUUCCAGCGGCGUUUGGGGGGCGUGGCGGGCCCUCUGCAACGCCUCGAACUGCACCGCCACAACCGAGGGCUCCGUCACCAGGAAGAAGAAGCGGACGAGGGGUGCUGCUGCUACAGCCCCUCUCAUCGCUGCGGGAAGAAGCGAUAUACCACGUUCAUCCCGAAAACCCACCCCCUCCCCCUCCUCGAGAAGGAAGGGCGCUCCCAGCCGGAGCCCCUUCUUCUGA